AUGUUCUCCUACCACAAGCCUCCAAGUUCAUCAACCUCGGAGACAUGUUUGCGAUGCGGGAAGGGACACCGCACCAAUGAAUGCCCAGAGCGCCAAGGAUCCGAUGGAAAGCCCCAGAGCCAUGUGGCUACUGAAGCAGCACCAUUCAUUUGCUUCAGCGAUGAGGCAGCCCUCACCGCAGAAGCUGGGACGGCCAAAACUACACAGGCAGCUGUGAAUGAGGGGUGCGCCGUAAUUGACGGUGGAGCCACAAAGACGCUGGGGAGCGUCGAGGCUAUCCAGGCCGUCAUGGACAUCAAUGCCAAGAAGUACGGCAACCAUCGCAUCCAAGGAGUAGACACCAACAAUACACCCACUUUUGGGUUUGGCAACAGCUCUCAAGACCGCUGCAUCUCUACGACUCAGCUGCAGGUUACUGCGAAUGAGCAACCAGGCUUGCUGCAGAUCCAUGCUCUGGAUCGUGGAAGUGGUCCAAUCCUGUUGUCCAUCCAGACGCUCCGAUCGUUGAAGGCCAUCAUAGACUUUGAGGCCGACCUUUUGGUACUGAGGGGACUUGACGAUACGAAGAUCAUCCCCCUCGAGCGCUCGGCAGCAGGACACCAGCUCCUGCCUUUGACCGAGGAUCUUUUUAAACAUGCCGUCUCGAUCAUCAUGGUGAGCCAAAUGAAGAAGUCCGAGUUGAUCGAAGAGCUCAGGAAGCAGGGCGAGACUCCUCCGGAAAAAUGGGGAGUCGUCGAACUGCGGUCACGGGUCCUCCAGAUCUACGAGGAACGCGGCAUUCCCACCAAGAAGAAUCAGCGCACCGACAUGCGCGAGAUGGUGGUGCAGCUCAACAAGGCCAGCAGCCGGAAGAACACGUUGCAGCAGCAUUGCCGCGACUUGGGAAUUCCAGUGACUGGAAACGAGACCAAACCACAACUUCAGAAAGCCGCCAUGAUCCGCAUCUACGAGAAGAGUACACCGGACCCAAUGGACCCGGUGGGCUUUGGGAAGGCAGCAGCUCUGACCUAUGCAGAGAUCCGGUCCGACACCCAAUACUGCAACUGGGAGCGCAAGAUGUUCGACUCCAAGGAUGCCGAGAUCCUCCCUGUGAAGACACAGGGCUAUCAUCACGACGAGCCCACACCCAUGGUGACACCAGCUCCAACACGUGUUCGAGUGAAGCAAGAGUCAGCAGCCAGCUCAGCUGGGAGUGCCAAUUCGUCCACGGCAGUCAUGGAAAUGAUGGGAAUCCUCACCGAGACCGUGAAGGAACUCAAGGAGGAGGCCAUGGACCAGCUGCUUCCUCCCUCAGGAGAUGAUUUUCAGAGAACCAUCGAGGUGAAGGCCCAAAUGGCUGACGAUGAGGUAGCUGAUUUGCUGGACGCAGCGCUGGAGAGUGCCAAUAAGAAGGACGAAGCGCUACCAGAGCCAAAGAAAGAUUCAGAGAAGGACCAAAAGAAGGAGAGGAGUCGCAGCCGCAGCCGGCGAAGCCGCAGCCGAAGUCGGCGCAGCCGAAGCCGAAGCCGCGAUCGACGUAGUCGAGAUCGAGACCGCCGCGACCGAGUGGACCGAUCUUGGCGUGACCGAUCACGCGGUGGCGGACGCUCAAGAGACAGGAGGGACAAGGACCGCCGGCGCAGCCGCAGCCGCAGCCGCCGGAGUCGGAGGCGCCGCAGUCGAAGACGGAGGAGUAGCAGCAGUCGCGGGCGGAAGAGGGCGAGAGAAAGAGAACGCGAACGCGAACGGGAAAGAGAACGUGAACGCGAAAGAGAACGAGAGCGGGAGAAGAAGGAUAGAGGCAAGAAGGAGGGCUCCAGCCCCUCCCGGAGCCGCCGGACGGGUCAGCGCUCCGCCAUCUCUCCGGAGUCAAUGCCAAAGCUCGCUGAGCCUCCGGCUUCUCCUGCUUCCAAGGACCCUCCGGCGGGUGCUGCUGAGGAAGGUGAAGAAAAGAAGAAGAAGAAGUCCAAGUGGGAUGAGAUGGGUGAUCCCUCUGCUGGCUUGCCAGAUUGGCUCAAGGACCUCGCCAAGAAGGAUGACCAGAGCCAACCCGCACCACCAGGUAUUGAUCCAUCUCGCUUCAAGAUCAUCCGAAUGGAGGGAGUGCAAAUUCGCGCCCUCAUUGGUAAGGGUGGCGAGACCAUCAAGGAGAUCAGACUGCGGAGUGGUGCAGACAUCAAGAUCGACCACUUGCCCUCGGAGCGGCGUUUCGUGCGUGUUGCUUCGGGAAAUUAUCUGGAGGACUCUCACCAGUAG